GCCAAUGUGCUCCACCACGAUCCGUCCUACCGACUGCGGUGCCUGGCAACAGAAAAAGACGUGAUGACGUCCUCUUCAGAUUGCGUAUUAUGGGAUGUGCGAAAUUAAACAACCCGAAGAGGACACGGGGAAGCCAAAAAUAAUAAAAGGGACAGAAAUAAACGGAGGUGCAUGGUGAAUCAUGGAGCUCUCGGCUGUCGGUGAGAGCGUCUUCGCAGCCGAGUCCAUCAUUAAACGGCGAAUCAGACGGGGUCGUUGGGAAUAUCUCGUGAAAUGGAAGGGCUGGUCUCAGAAGUACAGCACUUGGGAGCCGGAGGAAAACAUUCUGGAUGCACGACUCUUCGCUGCCUUCGAGGAGAGGGAGCGCGAAAGGGAGCUGUUCGGGCCGAAAAAGAGGGGACCCAAACCUGAGACAUUUCUUCUGAAGGCCAAAGCCAAAGCCAAAGAAAAGACGUAUGAAUUUAGAAGAGAGGCUCCCAGAGCGAUCCAGGUUUCCUAUCCCAUCCCGGAGCCUGUCAUAACACCAAGGGCCCGGGAGGGUUUACGCGCCGUGGUUCCCACAAUCUUCCCACCGAGCGCGGUCAACAGAGGAGAGAGUGUCCACGUCCGACCACCAGAGCCAGAGAGGAGGCCCAGGCCAACCCCUCCAGCUGCCCUGACACUCCAAGAAUCCACCGGGUUCCCCAAGAAGAGAGGGCGCAAACCGAAGCUGCAAUUACAUUAUGAUCAAGAUGAUGGCUGCAGCUCAGCAGAGCCGGACACCAAGCGGAGCAGGUUCCUGGAGGAGCCGGUGUCACACGGCCUUUCCAAAAUGACCCGACGCCUGCAUCACCACGGGGAGACGUCAGACCACAGCCUCCUCCAGCUGACCAAGAGGUUUCAGGAGGAAACCACGAUUACACCCAAAUCCAGCUGCGAGCAGAGACACUUGGUGGGCGCGGGCUUGUCUUACACCUGCGCGUUCAGCCCAGAUAAAGCGCGUAAAAGCGACCACAUGGGGCACAGGACUCAUUUUCUGAGCAGGGUGUCUGUUCCUCAGGCCGGCAAGCUGAAGCACUCUGCAGAGCACCGGAGCCAUCAGUUGAAGCAGUACUGUCUGCCCCGGGAACAACCUGCUGUCAUCUCCACAGAGGCCGAGUCCAUCCACGAUGAAACCGCGCGAUCAGCCUCGUCCUGGACCCCCAGUUUCACCAACCUGGACACUGUGACCGUGACAGAUGUCACUAUGAACUUCAUGACAGUCACCAUCAGAGAGAGCAGCACGGACAAAGGCUUCUUCAGUGAUAAAAGAUGAGUAUAUGUGCUCUGGAUGUUUAGGUCAGCGGAGGCUGAUAUAUGCCGAAAUCAUUGUUUAACAAGCUACUAACUAACAAGCCUACUGUAAUACUAUAUUUUUUCUAUGUAACUUUCAAAAGUGUACAUAUACAAAUAUUUAAUACGCUGCUGAAAAAAUAAAAAAAAAAGGAAAGUGACAUUGCAUCUUUAAAGGGUAUUUUUGUUGCGUUUAGUAUCACUGCUGUCAUCUUAAGAUUAUCCAUCUACAUAAUGGCAUGGCUUUGUCUUUUUUUUUCUUUACUAUAAAACUUUGUAUCCAUGUUAUCAUAACAACCUUAUCCAGCUAUCGACUGUGACAGUGUUUCCGCAAGUUACAGACAUUUGUUUAAGUUUCAUUUCCAGUCAUGUCUUUCACGCCACAUGAAGGUUCUAAGGUUCAUUAUUCUGCAUUCUUUUUACAUUUAUCCACAUAAUGUCAAUGUAGAUAAUGUUUGUAGGCAACAGCAUCGUGUCAAAUAAUCGAAAUAAUCAAUGCCAUGCAGAGUAAGUGUUAUUUUGAAAUCUAAACUCCAACUUCAUCAUCUUUAAAAUAUCUAAAUAAAUUUUGUAUGCGUUUCACAAAGUAUUGUUGUCUUCAAGUCCUAAUCUAAAUGCUAAAUCUAAAUGCUUCAUUAGACUGCGGAAUAUAUAUUUUUGUAAAUGCUUCACAGUUGUUCUGUGUCGGGGGGUCACGUUCAAAAGGAAUGUUUGACCAUUUAUGCUGAGCAAGUUUCUGGUUUGUAUGAAUUAUUCUAAUGGUUUGGG